AUACCAGUGACUGCAGACAGGGCUGUGGGGCCGGGAGCAGCUGGCGCAGGAGACACUGAUGGUGCAACGCUUGUGCCUGCAGCUCCAGGAGGUGUUUGAGGACGUGGCUGUAUAUUUCACACGGGAGGAGUGGGAGCUGCUGGACGAUGAAGACAAGGUGCUUUACCAGGAGCAGAUGCUGAAGAAUUACCAAGCCCUCGUUUCCCUGGGAUAUCGAGGUCCCACACCCGACUUAAUCAGCAGCAUCCAGCGAGGACAGGUGGAGCUCUGGGUCUGUGAUGAUGAGGACUGUGGGGAAAUCUCAAGAUGGGAGGACCUGCUGCAAGGAGGUGCCUGCUUACUGAGCAGAGCUGAGGAGCAGCCUCCUGUGGAAGAGUCUGCAGACCUGGAGCCAGCGCAGACUUCCCCAGGGAGUUUGGGUGAGAUGGACUCCCUGAGACCUGAGAAGGAGCAAUCGCACGAUAGUCAGGGGAGGCCCCAAACGCAGAAGGAGAAUGUAGUGAUGAACCAGGACCGGUGCAUCCCCCUAGAGAGGAAGACACUUCACUGCACUGAGUGCAGGAAGAACUUCAUCUGCUUUCAAGACCUGUCCCAGCACGAGUGUGUACAGCACUGCUGCACCAAGUGUGGGAAGAGAUUCAGACAGCUCUCCAAACUGGUGAGCCACUUGUGCAUGCACACAAAGGAGAAGCUACAUCAGUGUUCAGAGUGUGGGAAGAGCUUCUCUCAGUCCUCCCAUCUGGCUAAGCACCGGCGUAUUCACACAGGGGAGAAACCACAUCAGUGCUCACAAUGUGGGAAGAGCUUCACUCAGUCCUCCCAUCUGACUAAGCACCAGCGUAUCCACACAGGGGAGAAGCCAUAUCAGUGCUCAGAGUGUGGGAAGAGCUUCAGUGUGUCCUACAGCCUGGCUCUGCAUCAGCGUAUCCACACGGGGGAGAAGCCACAUCAGUGCUCAGAUUGUGGGAAGAGCUUCACUCAGUCCUCCCAUCUGACUAAGCACCAGCGUAUCCACACAGGGGAGAAGCCACAUCAGUGCUUGGAGUGUGGGAAGAGAUUCACUCUCUCCUCCAGCCUGGCUCUGCACCAGCGUAUCCACACAGGGGAGAAACCAUAUCAGUGCUCAGUGUGUGGGAAGAGAUUCACUCAGUCCUCCCAGCUGGCUCAGCACCAGCGUAUCCAUACAGGGGAGAAACCCCAUCAGUGCUCAGAUUGUGGGAAGAGCUUCACUCACUCCUCUGGCCUGGCUAAGCACCAGCGUAUCCACACGGGGGAGAAGCCACAUCAGUGCUCAGAGUGUGGGAAGAGCUUCACUCACUCCUCUGGCCUGGCUAAGCACCAGCGUAUCCAUGCAGGGGAGAAGCCAUAUCAAUGCUCAGACUGUGGGAAGAGCUUCAUUCGGUCCUCCACCCUGGCUCAACACUAUCGGAUCCACACAGGAGAGAAGCCACAUCAGUGCUCAGCGUGUAGGAAGAGCUUCAUUCGGUCCUCUGACCUCACCAGACACUGCAUCGUCCACACAACAGAGAAACCAUAUCGGUUCUCGGAGUGUGGGAAAAGCUUCAACUGAUCCUCUAACCUGGCCUAGCACCAGCUUACCCACACUGGUUAGAAGCCACAUCAGUGCUCAGACUGUGGGAAGAUCUUCACCCAAUUCUCCCACCUGUCCCGGCAACAGCUCAUUGACACAGAUUAAAAACUAGUG